CACCACCGAUAAAACCCCCCACUGCUCUUCCACUCUCUUUCAUCCUUGAAGUUUCAUCUUGAAACAUAUUUUUUAUCCAACACACUUUUUUAUAAUUAAAAGUGGACUUGUACAUUGUGUAAACUAACAGUACGUAAUAGAGUCCCAGCAACAUGGACUACAACUUCCAUGUCAUGUUUGUUGUUUCACUACUAGUACUAGUCUCUUCUUUUUCUGUCAGGUCUCAUGGUGUUGUUUCAUCAAAAAAUAAUAAUCAUCUUCCCAUUUUAUCAUUUGAUGAAGGCUAUUCACAUUUGUUUGGUGAUACUAAUUUAAUUGUCUUAAGAGAUGGUAAAUCAGUUCACUUAUCCCUUGAUGAAAGAUCAGGUUCUGGAUUUGUGUCACAAGACCUGUAUCUACAUGGAUACUUCAGUGCAUCUAUCAAGCUUCCUGCUGAUUACACUGCUGGGGUGGUGGUUGCAUUUUAUAUGUCAAAUGGAGAUAUAUUUGAGAAAAACCAUGAUGAGGUUGACUUUGAGUUCUUGGGCAAUAUAAGAGGCAAAGAGUGGAGAAUUCAGACUAAUAUUUAUGGUAAUGGAAGCACAAAUGUUGGCAGAGAAGAGAGAUAUGGUCUUGGUUUUGAUCCUACUGAUGACUUUCAUGAGUAUAGCAUCCUUUGGACUCAAUCUCACAUUAUUUUUUACGUUGAUGAUGUCCCAAUAAGAGAGAUUAAACGUACGGAAUCAAUGGGAGGUGACUUCCCUUCAAAGCCGAUGACUUUAUACGCAACGAUAUGGGAUGCUUCAGAGUGGGCUACAAAUGGUGGCAAAUACAAGGUAAAUUACAAGUACGCCCCUUACAUUGCCCAGUUUUCCAACUUUGUCCUCCACGGAUGUAUGGUGGAUCCCAUCGAGCUCACGUCGGUUACAUGUGAAAAUCCCAAGUCUAUCCCAACGGGCAUCACUCCCUCACAAAGGGCGAAAAUGGACAGCUUUAGAAAGAAACAUAUGCAAUACUCAUACUGUUACGACAAAAGAAGAUACAAAACACUGCCUUCUGAGUGUGUGUAUAACCCUAAAGAAGCCGAGAGGUUGAAGAAGUUUGAUCCAGUGACGUUCGGUAGUGGUCGUGGCCGCCACCACGCGAAGAGCCACCGCCGCAGCCAUGCCGUGUCUAUUUAAAGAGGGAUGUAGUUACUAUAUAUUACUAUCAUUUUGUUUCUUCUUAUUUUAAAAUUUUGUUAUUUUGUUGGUCAUUUAGUGAUCCACUUUUUGUUAAUUUUUAUGUGCAUAAUGGUGGAAAAGCAUAUAAUUUGUUUAUGAUGAUCAUAAUUAUGUGGAAUAUGACUAAAUUAUAAAUGAUGAUAACCAUUUGUAAACCAUACUUUAUUAUAAAUAAUUUAUUUAUUGGCCCCA